AUGAAAUUGAAUAAGCCCGGUAUCGAUCUGACCGGCGAAUACACGCGCGUCAUAUCCACUUUCGCGGACGAGCAGUCAGCUUCCACGCUCGUCUCCAAAGCGUUCCGGAGAGGUAAACAGCGGAGCCCGGUCGUUACGCUGCUCGACGAUGGACUGUACGAUAUCUUAUCACGAACCGCCUUACCGGACGAAGAUUCGCCGGAGGCAGCGAAUGUCAAAUGUCUCCUCGGAAUUGAGAACGGCGAACUACAUUUACCACGAAAAUGCUGGAUCCAGGAUGGUGUAAACGUUCCUUAA